AUGAAUUCAAGUGAUGACCAACUAUUGUAUUCUUCGCCAGGGUAUUUAUUAAUUGAUGGUCUUCUUAUGACAUUCAGUACAGUGGGUGUACUUGCUGCUCUGAUUCUGAUCCUUGUUGUUCUUUUUGGAGGAAAACAAUUUCGUUCGAUUGCCACAUUUCUUGCAGUGAAUUCAUGUGUGGCUGGUUUUCUUGUGAACAGUUCUACUGGAAUUGAAGCGGUGAUUAUGACCUUAGCUGAUCUGGGAUAUAUCAAACGUCAACCGGAUUCACUGUGCAUUGCUCGCGGAGCAUUGUCGACGGGUGCCAUAGGAAUUCUUUAUUAUACAUUAUGCGUUCAUGGUUUCUAUCGUCUUUGUUGUAUCGUUUAUAAUAAACGUAAUUUUCAUCGAUCUUGGACAUUCUUCAUUAAGCUGGUUAUUAUUCAGUGGAUUUUCUCAUGCCCUCUCGUUUUACCUGGACCUUUACUUGGUCAAGUAGAAUAUGAUCAAGGCGUUCACUUUUGUCAAUGUUCACUUCGAAAUUUAUUUAUUUUUCCCUAUGUCUUUAGUGUUUGUUAUCUCAUUCCACUUAUAAUUAUUCUUUGUAUUUAUUGUCGAAUUAUUCUAUACCUACGACGUCAGUCAGCUGGAGUACGUUGUGGAAAAAAAUAUUCUGUUCUAGUAGUCCAACGCAUUACUUGGAUGUUACUUGUUCUAGGAGUGGCAGGUUUUCCACAUGGUUUCUUUUUUGUUCAAACCCAUAUUGAACCUGAUCGUGUGCCCAUCUAUGCACGCAAGAUAGGAAUGGUUACUGUAGAAUUUUCUCAAGCAGGCGCAAUGAUUUACACUGUGUUACUUACACCAAAUGUACGACGCGCUUGUUCUCAACUAUUCACUUUACGUUCAAUUCAGCAGUCAACAAGUGAAAGACCUGUUUCCUCCUCAAGUUCAUCGAAAAAACAACCUUCACUUCAUUCUAAACAUGCAAAUAUCAACACUGAUGAUACUCUACAAUUUCCUUUGUGCUUGAUGUCUGUUAAAUAA